UGUUAAUCACCUGUAAGAUCUUUCCCAACAGCUCAGUAGUGCGGCAAGGAAUUCACUAAUUUUAAUUUUCCCAGCCUGGCGAUGUCGUUGGCCAACGAAACCUUCAAUUAUACCCCCAAGAACGAAAGCGCCCAAAACGAGGACUGCUUUGAGAAUGAUUUAACAGCUGUUAAAAUGGCCAGGAUCGUUCCUUAUUGCUUGCUGCUUGUAGUAUCUCUUCUUGGAAAUUCUGCGAUCAUUGCCGCGGUAUGGAAAGAACAGCGCCUGAGGAAAACGGUUAACUUUUUCAUGGUCAACAUGUGUACUGCAGACCUUUUAAUAACAUUGUACAUGCCUCGCUCGCUGUCUGUGUGGCAUGAUGGCUAUAAAUGGCAGCUAUACGGUACAUUGGGACUUGUGGUAUGUAAGUUCGCUGUUUUCAUGCAUCAAACUGCCAUUUGCGUUUCCAUAUUCACUGUGGUAGCCAUCAGCUUUGAUCGAUUUUUCGCUGUGAUAUUGCCGUUGAGGACCAUUAUUACGAAGAAAAUUUGUCGAAUCAUUAUUACAAUGAUAUGGUUCUCAUCCGUCGUUAUUCGUUUGCCGAUGUUGUAUGGCCUGAAACUUAUUAACACCAACAAUGGCGAAACGAGUUGUCAUCUGUCAUUAGACGAUGUGUUCUACCAAGGAGCCGAAAGGACCUAUUACAAUUUUACCCUCAUUGGCCUCUUUGCUGUGCCUUUAGCAGUGAUAGUUGUGCUGUAUUCGGCCAUUUUAAUUUCCCUGAAACUACGAAAAGCACCCGGAGAAGAAAUCGCAGGAAGAGAGCAUACAAGAGACACACGGAUAAAGAAGAAAGUUCUUCGAAUGGUGUUGAUAGUGGUGGCUGCAUUUGUGCUCUGCUGGUUGCUCUACUUUGUCCAACUCAUUUUAUUUUCGUACAAAAUACAAGUGGGCUGUGAAGUUUUAUUUUUCAGAUUGUUUUUGGCUGAUCUAAACAGUGCAGUGAAUCCAUGUUUGUGCUUCGCUUUAAACGAGAACUUCCGUACGGGAUUGAAACGCAUUCUGGUUCGCUGCGCGCUUUGUAGUGGUAUUCUCAGCGAGGAGAAUUCCUCGAAAAAGGUGUUUCCGACAAGCACAAUGAAUCUGUGGAAAACUCAACAAAAUGACGAUGAACAAAGUUGAAAAUGCGGACAAAAAGAAAGCGUAAGCGUGCCCAUCAACAAACGGUUCGAAACGAAAAAAAUUACAUCUUCCCUUUCAGUAUUUGAAUUACGAAAGAACUGAUUAGCGCCCGCUGUUUGGCACAAGGCCUAAAAUUGAAGAAAAGUAUCUGAGUUUGACAAGAUGUUGACAAAAAGCUCAAAUUGGCGAUGAAUACGAGCCUCGAUGGUAAAACAACAGUGUGACGACUUUAAUUCGACCUUGUCCUGGGGUUUUUGUUCAACAUUUUUCCUGGCUUUGAUUUUGUUCUUUCGCUCAGCCCUUCUUUACGUUGAAUAUAUCUAAGUGAGCAAAACAUCAAUCUGUUUCUCCUGGAGAAACUACCCGCUGAAUUCGUGACCGAAGGGGAAGGAAAUCUUUUGUUGCAAAUACUUACAAAUACCCAAAUCUCAUAAAGAUAUCUAAUACAUGACCGACAUACCGAAAAAACCGAGUAGUUCCGGGGGAAUGUUCAAUAUGUGUCGGCUUUAUCUCUGAAAAUCAGUAUGCAUAUUCUCCAUACUGUUCCUCGUAAAUUUCCUGAAGUGCUGACCAGGAGAAUUUGUCUAACAAUCAAGAGCUCUUUUAGAUGAUGAUCGUUUUCUGUACUCUCGUAACUUUGAUGUGUGAUUCAGGGGGGAUAUUGUAAGGAGAAAUUAGAUUUUAGUCACUCUUGUAGGUCAAUUCAUUGAUACAAGUCAUAAAGCAGCUGAAAUCGUCUUUGAGUGUCGAACGCUCGAAAUAAAGUAAACA